ACUCACAGACCCAGGGCUUCUACGGCGGGAGGAUGACUAACGACCGGCUCCUGGCGGUGAAGAACGCCACCUGCGAGGCCAUCGAUCACCUCCACAAGUCCCUGGAGUCCUGUCCCGACCCCGAGAGCGAAGUCCCGGAUCCCAGAGGCAUCAAGGUUUCCCUCCUGGCCCACCAGAGGAGAGCUCUGGCCUGGCUGCUCUGGAGAGAGACGCAGAAUCCCUGCGGAGGGAUUUUAGCGGAUGACAUGGGUUUGGGGAAGACCCUCACCAUAAUCUCUCUGAUUCUGGCCCAGAAGAGGAAGACAAAGGAAAAAGACGAAAAGAAAGAAGAGAAAGAGCCUGACGGUUGGAUAUCUAAAACAGACUCCAGCGUUGUCGUCUCCAAAGGCACUCUGAUCAUCUGUCCCGCCUCCCUGAUUCACCACUGGACCAGGGAGGUGGACAGGCACGUGAAGAAGGGCCUGCUGACCGUCUACCUGUACCACGGCGCCGGCCGCGAGAAGAGCGCCAAAGUGCUGGCCGACUACGACCUGGUGGUGACCACCUACAGCCUGGUCUCCAAGGAGAUCCCAGUCCAGAGGGAGGAAGCGGGGGAGUCCGCCAAAGAUCCCGAUCACCGUGGAGCAAAGGGAGCAAAGUCAGAUAUGGGUCACAAACAUGAGCUCCUCUCUGUGGCGUUUCUUCGCUGCUCUCCGUUCGACGAGUUCAAACUCUGGAAAGCUCAGGUGGACAACGGCUCCAACCGAGGCCGAGAGCGGCUCAACCUCCUGACCAGGAGCCUGUUGCUGCGCCGGACCAAGGACCAGCAGGACUCCACGGGGAGACCACUGGUGUCUCUGCCCAGUCGGACCUGCGAGGUGCAUCGGCUGAAGCUGUCGGAAGAUGAACAGGCCGUGUACGACGUCGUGUUUGCCCGUUCCAGUGGCUCAGGAGUUCGGCCUUUCUCAGCCCCCCCCGACCUCCUCGGCCUCCCAGCAGCCGUCCAGCGCCGUCCACAUCCUGAGCAGCUGAACGCCCUCUCUCUGGCCCCCGGCCCCCCGGCCCCCGGCCCCCCGGCCCCCGGCCCCUCGGCCCCCGGCCCCUCGGCCCCCGGCCCCCAGCCCGCAGACACGGUGGCGCUCAACGGCACCCGCUUCCCGUCACGGCUGUUCGAGGACGCCAGCGAAAGCACCAAGAUUUCUGCUCUGACCUCUCAGCUGAUGGCAAUCAGAGACCAGAGUGACAACCAGAGAAGCAUGCUGGGCAUCGUGGGCGUCCACCUGCGCCGGAUGGGCCUCCGCCACGCCGUCAUCGACGGGUCCGUCAGCCCCAAACGCCGCAUGGACCUGGUGGAGGAGUUCAACUCCAGCCCCAAAGGGCCCCAGGUGAUGCUGGUGUCUCUUUGUGCUGGAGGGGUUGGACUCAAUCUUAUUGGUGGGAAUCACCUCUUCCUCAUUGACAUGCACUGGAACCCGGCCUUAGAGGAUCAGGCCUGUGACCGGAUCUACAGGGUUGGACAGCAGAAAGAUGUGACCAUCCACAGGUUUGUGUGCGAGGGCACGGUGGAGGAGAAGAUUUCCACCCUCCAGGCAAAGAAGAAAGAGCUGGCCCAGAAUGUGCUCUCAGGAACGGGAAGCACCGUCUCCAAACUCUCCCUGGCUGACCUCAAAAUCAUUUUU